ACGCACCCUGGACUGUUUCCUGCCAUUGUAAACAUUGUAUGUUUUGUGUCACAGAUUGAAACAAGCCAUUGUUGUAAAAUAUGAAUAAUGCAUGUAGUUUUUUUUUAUUGGAGCAUCAGUAAAAUAUCUAAGAAAAGUUAUGUUUGUUGGCUCAAUGAAAACUGCCCAUUGAUGUUGCUGUGAAGCCUCUGAAAUGUCCUUAAAAGUGUCGUUAAUUCAAGCUGAAGAUAACCAAAAACACUCAACUGGACUUAACCAGCUAUUUGUAGUAUUUUUACUACAGCGGUCAUGGAUGCAAGUUGUUGUAUUACAGAGCAGAGGUCAAUGUGCAAUCGCUGUUUAAUAAAAUGGACGACCUUUUCUGGAGGGUCGCCACAAUAACACAUCAGAAGUUCACUCGGUCCGGUGUUUUAUAAAAACAAGACUUAAGUUCAAAGUAAAAUUGUAUAAACUGAUCCAUAUGGUGGAGUUGAAUGUUAUUGACAAAUAAACCAAGAGUAUUGGGAUCGCAAAAGGCUUGUGAGGUAAUGCAAACUGUUGGCUAUUGCGGGGGAUUGCAAAUGUAUUGCUCCGGAAGGUAAAGGUAGCUCAAAAAACUAAAAUUGUCACCAUCAAAACCAAAAAUCCCACCAUUUGACCAGAGGGAGGCAAGGGCAGAGGCUGUCAAAGUUAUAAACCACGUGACGUUGAAGGACGACACUUUCAAACAUGGCGGCCUCCGUUAGAAAUGUGAAUGUGACAGUAUGCAGACUUUUCAGGAUUUUCAGCCAAAACAGGCAUAUUUCCAACAUUGGACCAACGUUACAGACUUCCGCAAGGUUGGACACGGCGAAGACAACUGGUGUAAUAGAGUCUACAGAAGAGUAUGCUUUUGUUGAGAGAUUAAUUCCGUCUUCUCGUAUUCCUAAACCUCCUAAACAUGAUGGCCCUAGUCCAUCUGGCUGGACUCCACCAUCAGAGGUCCCUCCUGAUUUGCCAUACAUGAUCCGACGUUCUCGCAUGCAUAAUGUACCAGUCUACAUGGAUAUCAAGCAUGGGAGUCAAAAGUCUACAGUAGUGCGGAAGGUGGAAGGCGACAUUUGGGCACUUGAGAAGGAUAUGAAAGACUACCUGAUGGAAGUUACUGGAAGAGUUCUACCUACACAGGUCAAUGAAGUGACUGGGACAAUUAGAGUGAAGGGUCAUUUUGAUAAAGAAUUGAAAGAAUGGCUGUUGAGCAAAGGUUUUUAAUUCCAUGUUAAAUUCCAUGAUGUCAUAAUAAAACAAGACUGUCAUUUAUCCACAUUCAGUUCAUUAUUGUUAAUUGCAGAUAACAGUUCAUUGUUUGAUCUUCUACGAUUUUUUUUUUAUGUUUGUUAAGAUUGUAUAUACAACCAUAUUUUUCAGUUUUUGAUGCAAUACUUGUCGACCUGUCGCAAAACAAAUAAAAAAGCAGUUAAUCAAUUUACUGUUUCAGUUCCUGCACCUGAAAUGUGAAACAUACUUUAACUAAGUUUGGAAACCCAUUGUAAUUUUGUUGAAUCCAAUAGUAUUUUUUAACAACACGAAAUUAGUGUGUAAAGACAAUAAUGGUUGAAAUGGUACAACUGAGGUAUGAGGACUGUACAGCUUCAUGCUUGGUUAUGAAUGGCACGAUUUGGCCACUGUAGUCGCUUUAACAUGACGUCAUAUAAUAGCGACAACUUCAAGAAGUCUCCACGGGACCUUGAUUACUGACAUGUUUUCAUCUGAUAAUUAAAUACCUGAGUUUAAUUAAAGCCAAAGCGAGUGUUUCACUGAACAUAUUCAAG